GGCACUGCAAUUACCAGCAGUACCUGCUCUCAACCCUCUCCUGGCCUCGCUCCCUCCUCCUUUCCCCACAGCGCUUCCCUCAGAGAUCGAGGAGGCCAUGUGCCAAGUCAUGGCGCACCUGUGGUUACAGCGUUACCAGCAGCAGCUCAAGAGCCCCUCACCCUUCCAGUCUGGCUUCCUCGAGUUCUGCCUCACCCGCGUUGCCUCCGACCCCUCCCCUGCUCUGCUCGACUCGUUCCGCUCCGCCUACUCUGCUGUGGUGUUCAAGGGCCUGCUUGCCACCAUCCAAACACUCCGCAUGUCCAACACCCUUCCCGCUAUUUAG